UACAUAAUCUAUGAUUAAUAAAAGUGGCGAUGGCGUUUUAUGGUCUGUGUUCCUUUGUGAACAAAAAGUGGCGUUUCUGUGGUAUUUUCUAUGGGAGGCCGGUUUAUUAACGUAAUCUUUCAGAUUGAUAAUAAAAGAGUGCAAAGAAAGAAAAAUAAUAUCAAACUCAGAGGAAAGAAAGGAAAACGUGAAAGUGGCGAGUAUAAGAAAUAGAUGUGAUCCCGCUUUCGUCGGCCGGCGAACAUAUUUAUCUUUCAUAGCAAAUGUAAUAUUCUAACAAAAAAGUAGGAACAGUCCUAUCAGAAUAGCAUAUCUGAUUAUAUGUAAUCAACUUUGCAUGUCAUUCAAAAGAAAAAAAUAAUGUCAGAAAUGGAGAAAAAAGAAAUUUGUACGAUCGAGGAUCACGAUACGUACUCUAAAGAUUUGGAGAAAACUAAUAUCAUGGAAAGCAGUGGGUUCAGUGGUUACAACGAGAGUCAGGAUUUUCGUCUUGUAGAUAUCGGUGACGAGGAAUCCCUAGAUAAGUCAGAAAAUGAGAAGAACAGGAACGUGCUUCCUGUUUCUCUCGAUAACGUAGACACAACUUUGGGCUUGACGGAUACGUCGGUCAGUGUUCAUCAGGAUAUUGAAAAAGAUAACAUUGCCAAGGCAGAAUGCGCAGAAGAAAAUACAGAAUCGCUCGAAGAAGAGAUAGAAGAAAUUGAAAAAAAUGAAAAAGAUGAAAAAGAUGAAAGAAAUAAUGAUAGCGGUGUUGUAACAAGCAAAAGCAAACAGUCUGACGAGGAAGAAGAAGAAGAAGAAGAAGAAGGAGUAAUAGAAUGUACACCGCCAGAAGCUUAUUCAUCGUCUAACAAUAAGAAGCAAAUGGUUAGCAACGCGACAACGACAAAUCUAAAACGCAAGGCCGAGUCAUUCGAUGAGCCACCGAAAAAAUUAUUAAAAACAGAGGCUAAGGAAGAUGUAGUAAUUUCUAAGAAGAAAGAAUCCGAGGACGAAGAAAGUUGUCAUUCUUUUAAAUCUGACGAUUCUCAUCAGGAAUUUUCUAAAAGUUAUUCCGAUAGAAAUGUUAUAAUAGCCGAGACUCAAGAUACAGGGGACGAGAAUGCCGAGACUAUGAUAGAAAAGAUCAGCACGAACGAAGAAAAAUCAAAAAACGAAAAGCAUUCUGAAUUAGAAGUGAAAAUUUUCGAAAUUGAUAAAAAUGAAAAUUUCAACGAUGCAUCAAUAUUGAACGAAGCUGUUGCAAACAACAAAGAAGAAGAAGAAGAAUUUUCUGAUACAACGAAUGCUGUGCAGCUGAAAGAGAACAGAUCAUCGGUGAUGAAAGAAAAUGAUUCUUCUACGUCCCCUAUUAAGAUGGGAACAAUCGAGAAAAUGCAAUCAGAUUCAAAUAAUACAGGUGGUAUUAAGUUGAUCGAUAGUUGUGUAAAAGAUUCUAAAAUCCGUAUUGAGAAAGGAGCGGAUAAUAAUAAUAAAAAUGGUAUAGGUUUAGAAGAAAAAGGCAAGGAAAUAGCAGAAACAUCGGUUUCCAAUGAAAUAACAAACGAAUCUCAUUCUAGUUUAAAUUCAACAAAUUUAUGUAAAUCAAGAAACAGCAUAGAACUGAUAUACGAUCGAACCGCGGCCCAUGAGAUAAUGAAAGCAAAACCCAAAGAAAUAGUAGAAAUCGACGAGGAUGGAGAAAAGAUUGUGCUAGAUUCGUCUCAAGAAGAUUCUGAUUUAAAGAUAGAGAAGAAAAAUCUUUUGGAUAAUACAAAGUCUGAGACGAUAUAUAAAAGUUGCUACGAGAGUAAAAGCAGUAGCGAGUAUAGUUUCAAAUCGAUCGAAAAUACCAAAGAAUCAACGUCCCUCGAAUCAACUAAAUCUAACAAAUUAAUGAAUGGAAGCAGCGAAUCGAAAAGAUGCGAUACAGACAGUACAGCUAGUUUACAGUCGGAUACGUUUAGCGACGGUCCGGUUAUUCUUGAUAAAGUAGUAGGCAGCAGUCUUUCUACGCCCGUACGUAACGUAAACAAGCAAGUGAAACAAGCAGUUGUUUCUGUUCUAUCGAAGGAUACAAGCGAUCAUACCGAUUUAUUAUUAAGUGUAAGUGAUAACGAACCUGAUGUUUUUAUAGUAGAUGAUAAAACUAAGUCUAAUUUAACUCACGGUAGUUCUAUCGCAAAAGCUGUUGUUCAGGUGGAAAAGGAAAUUGGUAUAUAUGUAAGAAUGAAAUGUUUGUUACACGUCGACGAGGGUACAAAGGAAUUUUUGAACAAAGAAAUCACCGGUGUACAAUGCGAAACUGUCGCUCCAGAAGCCACUGACCGAUUGACGAUGAUCAGACAAAAAAAUAACGAUACUUCAGCUUCGUUGGCAGAUAUUUCUGGAAAUGACAAUAAAGAUACAUCUCCUGGAUCGGUAAAUAGUAACCCACAGUUGUAUCAAUUGAAUCCUUCUAGACUGUCGUUCGCAUCUACCAUCAGUUCGUUAAGUUCUGCAUCUAGCGGUGCAUCAUUGACGGCUAAACUUGCGAUAAGGGAUAGUACACAUUUCUCAUUGCCAAAGGCACCAUUGCCAAAGCAUGCGAGAAAGCAGAUACAAGACAUGCAUUUAUUGCACGACAAGCAAGCACUAGACGAAGCGUACGAACGGCUUAGCAAAGAAUGGCAAAAUAGUCACCUUCUCGCGACAACUAUUUUAAAUCUGGCUAAUACGGAACUAUCCGGAAUCGAUACCACCUGCAAUGUUAGUAACGAAAGAAUAGACGAUCAAUUACAAAAAAUCAGAUCCUCUACUCCGGAAGUAGUUAACCAGGAAUUGAUGCAGGUACAGCAGGUGCAAAUGCAAACUCCUAAAAGCACGAAAAAGAAUAAAUCGGUGAAAAGGCAAAGAAGUAAAAGCCUAAAGUCCGCCGAUGGUCAUCAUUCGACGGCGGCGGCGGCGGCGGCGGCGGCGGCGGUGGGACUUGUAAACCAAACGGAAAGCAAUAAUACACCGAGCAGAAAAAAGAAUAAAAUAGAACAACAGACGGAUAGUGGUUUAACCGGUACUGUAGAUGAUUCAGCAAAAUCUCUCUCACAAAUGAUAACGGACGAGUUAAUUGGUAAAGACGUAUUUGCUAAAUGGUCUGACAAUAAUUAUUAUCCUGGUACGGUUACUGAUAAAGUAAAAACGAAAUAUAAAGUAAACUUUUAUGAUGGAAAAAAUAAGAUACUUAUUGAAGAUUUUGUUAUACCGAUACCAGCACUUUUAAAAGAGGGUUUGUCCGUUUACGCUACUAGUAAAAACGACGAUUACGGAUCGUGCGGUAUAAUUGUCGAUACCGAAACUGUAAAUAACCAAGUAUAUUACAUCGUAGAGACGGACGAAGGGGAAAAAUUACAGGUUCAGGUUAAAAAUAUUUUCUUAACCAGCGAUCAGGCUCAAUUGUUAAAAGAGGAAAUUUCUUCGGAAAAUAAAAGUCUUCCAUCCACGCCGAAACAUUUAGGUCAAAUAACGCUAGACAAUAUGGUUGAUGGUAAGAGACGUUCGAAACGGAUUGCCACUCCUUCAUAUCUAACGCCUAAAAUUCAUACACCGAGUAAAAACGAAUCGGAACCAUCUGUUUCUGGUAUACCUUCUUCAUCCAUUAUGAAUAAAAAAAAUAAGAAAAGAUCAUCUGAAAGCAGCGAUGCUAUUUCUAGCGAUUCGAACGUUUCUCUGAAAGAUGAAAUGUUUUCUAUCGGCAUACAGCCUGAAAUCAUUGGAACUCCCUACGAGCAAACUGUAAAAGGACCACAGAAUCGAAUAAAAAGUAUCAAAUCAAGAAGUAAUAAAAAGAAAGUGGAAGACGAGGAAACUAUUGCGAUAUUUGGUCCAAUUCCACGCACCGAUUCGAAUCUCUUCAAAGGCAUGUCUUUCAUUCUCACUUGUGCACCGGUAGAAACCAUUGACCGUUUUCAAAUCGAUAACAAAGAUUAUGGUUCAGAUCCGGGAACGGAAAACGAGGAAGACUGGGUAAAGAAACCUUUUAUAAGGGAUAGAUUAACUACACAAAUAGUAGCGGGUGGCGGAAAAGUUUACACGGACUUUAAUGAAAUACCACGAGAAGAGUACAAAAAUACAAAAUUAAUAACAAACGUACCAAAUAGUACGGCAAAAACUUUGUUGUGUCUCUCAGUUGGUAUACCCGCUUAUAAUCAUAAUUGGAUUAUAAGAUGUUGUCAAGAAGGAAAAAUUGUAAAUCCAGCCGAGGAUGAAUUACCCGCAGGAUGGAGUUUAGAUAAACAGUCGUACGUUGAAAUGUUCCAAAGACCUAGUAACAAACCAUUCACCCGGAUUAUUGUAAUAAUUCCGGUUCUAGAAUCUAAUAAACAAUUUGUUACAUUUUGGCGGCAAAUUUGUGAAAAUGCAGGUGCUUGUGUCUUAUUGGCGGAUAAACCAGAUACAAUGGAAAAUUAUAUAGACGGUACAGUGAUUCUUACAAACGGUUCAUGUCCGUCUUGGACAGUAGAGAAAGCUGCUGAAUUACAAAUUCCAUUGCUUUCUGCAACGUGGAUCGUUCAAUGUUUGAUAGAAGGACAAUUAUGUCAGUAUGAUUCGCAGCCACGUUAUAAAUAUAAUUAUAAUAAAAAAAACUAGGUACGCUUAACGAUCGAAAAGUUACUCUAAUUCUAGAGAUCUAGAGAACGUUACUUUGAUAUUCUACGAUUACAGAAACCCUCGCGAAUCUUCUCACGAUCUAUGUAUGUAUCAUUAAUUUGCGGAUAAAACGUAUAUUUUAUAUAACAAUAUUGUGUUCUCUGUGAAUAACUGGUGUAAAAAGAUUUCUCCUUUAAGGUGAUCAGUUAUUAUGAAAAAACGUAAUGUUAGCGUUUUCUAAGAUUUUUUAUGAAUAAAAUUCUAAACGAAAAAUCACUUUUAUAGAUAAAUAAAUAAAUGAAGGAGAAAAGAAAAACAAAGAAACUGUAAAUUUAAAAGAUGAUUCUUAAUCGUAACGUAUGUAUGUACACAAUUCGAUAUUUACUACUUAUUCCAAUUAUAUUUUAAUCGAUAGGAGGAGGUUUAUUAAUACAAACCACAGAUAGUAGCAUUCAAUUUUCUCCGGUUAUAUUCUUUUUUCAUUUUCUUGUAUCGUUCUGCGAAAAGGUGAAAUCAGAAUUUCUAUCAACUCGUAUUUACAUUAUCAGAUGUAAAUAAUUCGAUGCAUUAUUUCUUUUUACGUUAAGCUAUUUACAAUAAUCAAAUAACGCAUUUAGUUAUACGAGAAUUAUUAUAUUUUUCUCUCUUUAAGGUUUUCUUAAUAACUAUUGGUCUGUUGUUGAAAGCAAUUACGCGAAAAACUUACAUGUAUGUAUAUCUCGAUAUGAUAAAUCUUUUUAACUUACGAUUAGAUGUUACCUUAAGUUGAGCAUGUUCUCUUUCAAUAGAACAUACAUAGUAAAUAUUAAUGUACUGUAAAUCAAAGUUAACGAUGGGUAGUAUAUCCUGUAAAUAUUUUUUUACUUGAAAUUACAAUAACGGAUCAUAAAAACUAUUUACAUUACAUUUUUAUAUUCUAGAUAUACAUACUCCCCCCCCC